CACGCGAGGUCCAUGACAACGACGUCGCACUCGGAACAUCUAUAAAGUUAAAUGCAAAUUAUUAAAAAUGCACAAAAAACAUCCUGUAUAAUCCGACCGAAAUGACAGACACAGGAAUGAAUUACAUGGCUGAAGAAUGCUUGUGAUAAUGGAUAAAGUAAAUAAAGAUACUUUCGAUGUCGACGAAGAGGUUCGGUUAUUUAUGAAAGACAAGAUCAAAAAAGACGUCUGUUUAUGUAAGAAAUACGGUAGAGCAAUCAAAAGAAAGCCAUGCCCUUCCUGUUGUGAUGAUCAAAGUCAAGGAGAAGCGCCAAAGAAACCAAAAUGCCAUCGCACACCAACUGGAAACUAUGGUCGCACAGGGUGCCUCGCAAAACCGGAUCUGUGCACCAUUCUGGAACAGGAUGUUCUCUGUAAAGUAGCCGACGAACUUAUACACAAGUUCGGGAUAAAAAUUACAUGUAAAAAUAAAAAUAAGACUGGUAUAACAGAAGUCAAUACAAAUCGAAGAAACGAUCCAGCAAGUGCCACUGCACAUGGCCUUAACUGCGUUGACAAAGAAUGUCCGGCAAAUAGCAAAUUGGAGAAAUUUUUCGAUGUCGAAAAUCUUAAAGAUACAGACUAUGCAGAAAGUACCGACACCCCAUUGCUGAAUGCAACUGACAAAGGUCGUAUCAAAUCAUACGGUGCUGUAAAUGAACGAGUUAGUCUGAAGAAAAGCAAAGAAACCGUUGCCAACAACAACACAUUGCAUUCCAUGAACGGUAAAAGAACUGUGCGAGAGUUACAUUUCCAGACGGGAAGUCAGAAGCCCGGAGACGCUUAUAGUGUUAAUGGUGCACCUGUUCAGUAUCCCUGGCUUAAACAAAAACCUACCCUUAUUCCGGCUCGUGAUUUUCUUGAUCGGUAUGUUAAUCGGACUGAAAAUAACAAAACUUUCAGCGAGAAUGAAAUGCACAAACUUGGGUCUUCAAGUUUAGAAAUUAAACACGGCAUCACUAAAGAUGAAAAACAUGAUGAUACCAACUUGACAGACAACCAAAAACUAAUUGAUGGUUUGUCUCGUAUAACUAUUAAGUAUUCAGAUCAUAAUUUGACAGACAUUGAAAAAGGCAAGACCAAAUAAAGUUUAUGAAAAAGUC